AAAUAAUUUUUAGAACUAGAAGAGUAAGGGCUCGAUAAAGUGUAGUACGGUGUGGUAACAAAGAUAUUUAACUCAUUUUAAAAAGUAUUUUUAAAUAAUUUGUGUUUGCGGUUUCAUUACUUCCAUAUUUUAUUAAUGUUGUAAUAAUUUUAUUAAUAAUAUUUUUAUUAAAAAUCGUACAAAAUGUUUUACGCAAAGGCGGUAACGAAAAAUUUAUCAGCAGUAAGCUCUACAAAUGUAUUGCAAGUGUUGCCUGUGGUCGGCACACAAAUUAAGGCCAGAAAUUAUGGUGAUCAUCAAAUACCGGAUAGACUAAAAGAUAUGCCGACAAAAGCAAAACCAAAAUUUUUUGAUAUGGUUGAGUAUUUCUACCAUAAAGCUUGUCAAACGGUUGAAGAUAAAUUAGUGGAAGACAUUCGAGAUAAAAUCACUGUUGAAGAGAAACGUAAGAAAGUUAAAGGUAUUUUAAUGUUGAUGCAACCUUGCCAUUCGGUUAUCGAAUUUCAAUUUCCAUUGCGACGUGAUACCGGCGAUUAUGAGAUGAUUCAAGGAUUUCGAGCUCAACACAGCACACAUCGAACACCAACCAAAGGAGGUAUUCGAUACUCGUUGGAUGUAAGUCGUGACGAAGUAACUGCAUUAUCAGCUUUAAUGACAUUCAAAUGUGCUUGCGUCGAUGUACCGUUCGGUGGUGCAAAAGCUGGUAUUAAAAUCAAUCCAAAAUUAUAUUCAGCAAACGAAUUAGAAAAGAUAACACGUCGUUUUGCAUUAGAAUUAGCGAAAAAAGGAUUUGUUGGACCUGGUUUAGAUGUACCCGCUCCAGAUAUGGGUACUGGUGAACGUGAAAUGUCAUGGAUUGCUGACACAUAUGCAAAAACUAUCGGUUAUCAAGAUAUCAAUGCACACGCUUGUGUGACUGGUAAACCAAUCAAUCAAGGUGGUAUCCAUGGUCGAACAUCUGCAACAGGACGUGGUGUUUUCCAUGGUGUGGAUAACUUUAUUAAGGAAAGACGGUACAUGGACAGUGUAGGUUUAACGACUGGUUGGAAAGAUAAAACAUUCAUUGUACAAGGUUUUGGUAAUGUAGGUUUACAUACCACCAGAUACUUUACACGUCAUGGUGCUAAGUGUAUUGGGGUUGUUGAACAUGAUGGAGCUAUUUACUGCAAGGAUGGUAUUGACCCAAAGAAAUUAGAAGAUUAUAAAAUAGACAAAGGUACAAUUGUUGGUUUUCCUGGAGCCGAACCAAGAGAUUCAACUUUAAUGUACGAGAAAUGUGAUAUAUUCGUACCAGCUGCUGUUGAACAAGUUAUUACAAAAGAGAAUGCUGAUCGAUUCCAAACUAAGAUAAUUGCUGAAGCUGCUAAUGGACCAACAACACCUGCUGCCGAUCAGAUCUUAAUAAAAAAGAACGUAUUAAUAAUCCCAGAUUUGUUUGUGAACGCUGGUGGUGUCACUGUGUCAUUCUUUGAAUGGUUAAAGAAUUUAAAUCAUGUGUCAUAUGGACGUCUUACUUUUAAAUAUGAAAAAGAAUCUAAUUAUCAUUUAUUGGAGUCCGUUCAAGAGUCAUUAGAGCGUGCACUUUGUAAAGAUGGCAGUCGUAUACCAGUCUUACCAAGUGCAUCAUUUGAGAAACGUAUUGCUGGUGCAUCCGAAAAGGAUAUUGUACAUUCAGGUCUUAAUUAUACAAUGGAACGAUCUGCUAAGGCAAUAAUGCGUACAGCUGAUCGUUUUAAUUUAGGUUUAGAUUUACGAACUGCAGCUUACGUGAACUCUGUUGAAAAAAUCUUCCAAACAUACUCAGAAGCUGGUUUAGCAUUUUAAAUUCACAACAACAAGUAUUUACUGUCUUGUCUUGUGUUUGUUGAUUAACAAACAAUCAUUCAAUUAUA